AUGAAACUUCUAUGGUAUACAGAUUCUAAGUCAAAAAAGUCUGAUGCCGAGACAGAAAAAGAAGUAGACAGAGAUGCUGUUGCAGCGGAAACAAUAACUGUUCAAGAAGGCACAAAUUCAAUAGAAAUAACGGUGGAUCAAGGCAUUGUUCCAAUAGAAACCGAUACAAAAAGUGAAGAUAAGCAAAAUCCUGAAAACAGCCUCAAUGAUUUUAAUGAAAGAAGAUACUAUGAGGCUCAGUUACGUUAUUCCCUUAUAAUGGGGGAAUGGUCACGUGUAGAAUCUAUUUUAGAAAGAUAUAAAGACAUGAAAACAGAAGCAUUGAGCACUGAUGGUAGCACGAUCCUUCACAUUGCUGUUGGAAGAGGUCAAAAUGAUUUCCUUAAAAGAUUGUGUUCUUCUAUAACUGACGAACAACUACUUCACCAGAGACAGAAUGAUGGAAGCACUGCGCUUCACAUUGCUGCGAUGGUUGGGAACAAAGAUGCAACUGAACUCCUAGUUAAAAAGAACUGGCGUAUAUUACAAAUUGAGGACUGGUAUGGUAAACAAGCAUUGCAUAAAGCUUUUGAAAAUAGACAUCUUGAUACCAUUAGAUAUUUGCUGAAAGCUGCUUAUGAUGCCGCCACAACCGAGUUGCAAAAAUAUUUAGUCGGCUAUAUUCACACUGAUGAUGAAUACGGGGUCGACCUUCUUGUUAGUGCUAUUUCGGCAAAACAAUACAGUUUUGCAUUAGAACUGGUGGAAAAGUUUCCUAUGUUUGCUUCAAAAAAGGAUGAUGUACUGGUGGCUAUCGCUAGAACCUUUCCCAGUGAGCUAGACCAUUGGGAAACACUUGUAUAUCCUCCUAAUUUGAUCAAUAUUUUGGAAGCAUUGCGUGACACAGCAUUUGGGAUUCUUUACUUUUUGGUGUGGCCUGCACUCGCCGUAUGGGAUUAUAUAAAAGGAUCAUCAAUUUGUACUUUCCUAUAUAAUUUGGUAAUACUAACAGAUGAAAAAAGAAGGGAUCUAAACGAAGCCAGAAGAGUUCUAGGCCUUGUCUGUAUAGAAAUAGGCAAGUUGGAGAACGCUAGUAGUGAUCCUUUUUCCCGACCAAUUAUUGAGGCUGCAUGUCAAAAUGCUUAUCAUGUUGUUAGGGAGAUUUUAUAUCAUUCUUCACGUGCGGGACUUCAGAGUACAGAUAAAAAUGGGCAUGACAUUAUUCAGUUAGCAAUAAUAAACCGUUCGGAAAAAAUCUACAACCUUUUGUAUGAUAUUGGAGAACGAAGGAAUGUUUAUAGAACAUGCAAAGAUUCUUGUGGAAACAAUAUUUUGCACUUGGCUGGAAAAUUGGCGCCAUCAAGUGUAUUAAAUCGGAGAACAGGUGCAGCAUUACAACUUCAACGAGAGCUUCAAUGGUUUCAGGAAGUGGAGAAAUUUGUGUUUCCUUCAUGUACUACUCAAGAGAACAUUGAUAAGGAGACGCCAUAUAAGGUUUUCACAAGGGAACACAAGGAUUUACUAAAGGAAGGAGAACAGUGGAUGAAAACCACAGCAGAGUCAUGUAGUAUCACUGCUGCACUUAUUGUCACAAUUGUAUUUGCAGCUGCAAUUACCGUACCAGGUGGAAGCAAUCAAGAAAAGGGGACCCCAUUGUUUAAAAGUAAAGUUGCAUUCAUUAUAUUUGCUAUAGCAGAUGCAAUCUCGCUAUUUGCAUCCAGUACAGCACUACUAGUGUUUUUGUCUAUCCUAACAACACGUUUUGCAGAAAAAGACUUUCUAGUCAGUUUGCCUAGGAGAUUGUUUAUUGGAAUUUUCUCCUUAUUACUCUCUACCAUAACCAUGAUGGUAGCAUUCAGUGCAACCUUAUUCCUUGUCUUUUGUGAUAAUAAACCAUGGAUGCUUGCUCCAAUAUGUGGAUUAGCUUUCAUCCCUAUUGCCUUUUUUGUUAGUCUGCAAUUCCCACUCAUGGUGGAUCUUUUAAGGUCGACUUAUUCAUCCAUAUUUGGUGCACAAAGGGAAAGUACUAAUCUCCGUAUAUUAGUCAAUAGAAUACUUGAAAAGCUGGGAGUUUGGUUUGCACGGUAG